UAGAAAUUAAUGAUUUCAGAUGCUAUAUAUCUUGACGAGAAAAUUACGCAUAGUCUCCUUGUAGUUCACUUGUAUAUUUUAAGACUUCCUUAAAAACUAUCUGACUAUUAAGAAUUAAAUGAAAUAAUUAGAAAAAAAGAAAUCAAAGUAAUUUUUAAUGUUGGAACAUCAGCUCUACAAAAAAUUUAGGUAGAAAAACUUUAAAAUUUAUCGGAAGAAAAUAAAAUUGAAGAAACUGUCAAUAAAAUUCACGUAUAAAUCUUUGAAUAAUUUUAGUAAGAACUCAUUAUCAAUAAAUCCAAUAUUGGAUUAAUAUGUUCAGAAUCAUGUCAAAAAAGUUUACAAAUUUACUUUCACUAUAUGGUUAUGAUAGAAUAAACAGAGUUUGAAAAAAUUCAAUUAUAAGUAUCAUGUUUAUUUAUUUAAGCUAUUUAAACAUGUUUUUUCUCAAAAAGAAUUAAAAUCAAUGUAUGAUGAAAUUAAAAGAAAUUAAAAUCUUUUAAGUUUUAAUCUAUUUAAUACUAAUUCAUAAAUAGAUUAUAAAUUAUCUAACAUUUCAAGUGCUAUAAUAAAUAUAGAAUAACGUAAGUCUAAUGUAAUUAAUCCUUCAAUUACAUCAGCAAAUCAACAUCGUAUUUUUAAUGGACAUUAAGUACCCACUUUUACCAAUGAAAGUCGUAUGCGAAUAUUAGGAAAGGAAGAUUAAAUUGAAUCUAAAAUUGAAGAACUUGGUUUUAUUCUUCCUCCUUUUUAAUCCUUAUAAGAUUCCCAAGUUAUUAAUGAAUAAAUUAAUAACAUAUAGACAAAUCCUUAAAUAAUUUAAUAAACAAAUCCUUAAACAAUUCAAUAAUUGAAUCCUUAAAUACAUCUUGAAACAAUUCCACAAAAAAAUCCUUAAAUAAUAAUUUCAUAACAAAAUCCAUAAAAUCUAGAUUACAAAAAUACACCAACUGCAAGAGAGUAGCAUUCGCUUAAAUUUGAAAAUGAAUACAAACUACCUCAAAGUAUUACAUUUAUUCAUUUUAUUCCAUCAGAAGGAUUUAAAUGCUUAGAGUGAU